AUGAAUAACUCUUUUGUGAACUUCACCACAACUGAAGAAUCUACAUACUCAACAAAGUUCAUUAAUCUUAUGGAUCGUCUGGACAUUUGUGUUUCAUGCAUCAAUUUCCUAUUUGGUCUUCCAACACAUAUCUACAUUGUAUGGCUUAUAGUAAAAGGAACAAAAAGUGCAAUUGCGUCAGAGUUCUUAAUCCUCAAUCUCUCUGUUUGUGAAAUUGGCAACUGUCUGAAUAGUUUGCUUUCAUUAUUUAUCUAUUGUACUUUGUUUAAAAGUCUUGAAGCAUUUACAGACUUUUUAUUAGUACUAUCCAUCACCGGUCGUCCUCUAUUUCAGUGUCUGAUCUGUGUCGAGCGUUACCUGGCAGUGAUUCAUCCUGUAACUUUUCUGAAGUACAAACCUCUCAGAUAUCGAGUGAUCUGCUCCACAGCUGCCUGGCUCAAUUGUCUCAGCUUUGGAUUACUCUACAUGGUAUGUUUAACUUUCAGGGACAACUUUUAUAAAAUUACUUUCUACUUGGUGCAGUUCCUUGUCUUCCUCUCCAUCCAAUCGUUUUGUUGUCUGGCUGUUCUCAGAGCUCUGAAUCAGUCAGGACCAGGAGAGAGAGGGAGAGAGAGAGAAAAGGAAAACCACAUGAAAAGAAAAGCAUUUUAUCUCAUUCUAGUAACUGCUGUGAGCAUGCUUUUUGCAUAUAUGCCUUUUACAGUUGCAGGAUUUGUGGAUCCACGUAGCAUCUGA